AAACUUCUGUCCUGCGCAAUUUUUUUACCUCUCGUUGUGGUCUUGUAGUCAACACAACACUAAAAUUUCAACAACGACCCCAGCAUGAGCAAACGAUCUUCGUGCUGGGCAUUGAAGACCUGUUCAACCCAUCUAGUUGUUGUUGCACGACCAGCUAAGCUACGACGUGCACUUCAGACCAGAAGGAUGUAAAUAUCAACAGAUGCGCGUGAGUUUCACGGUCUUCAGCCGACCAAGAAUGGGACAGAAAGGUACGGGCGGCGGCUUGUGUAGAACGAUGGCGACAGACUUUUCAUUAGUUAGCGGCGACUAAUAAACGUGUCUUAAAAUUCCUGAUUUCUAGAAAGCGCGCUGCUAUUAAUUCGGACGAUGCAGGUCAAUUCGAACUCAAAAUCUUAGACUUUCGAGGUUUUAGGAGGAGUUCAGUUGUCGUCGGAUGCUUGCCGACCAUUCGACGCAUAUGUCCUUCUAGAUUGAAUUAGGUCCAGUAGCUCUUGCAACCCUAGAGAAAGAUGCUAGCGUUCGUGUGAUUCAUUCCUCCAUGCCGACCUCGAACUCCCGCUUACUGAAAAUGGUGAGCCUCCAGGCGAAGACAAUUCGAACCGCUCCUGGACGAGGUUUCUUUUAGACGGACCCCGUGUUACUUCUUGAGACUUAAGCCGAGAAAAGAAACAGAGGUUUGUCACCGCUCUCCAAUUUCAGAAGAAAUUCGACUUAACGUUCGCUGCCAAUAUCAAGGGGAGCCGAUUUGAUGGAAUCUGAAAUGUAUGUUUCAUUCACCAUUUUUCUGAGCGAAAGCGUGAUCGAUCCGUGCACGCAUCGGCGAGUAGGGUGCGCACGCUCAAGCUGACAGGCAUGCAUUCAAUCUCAAUUUGCGAGUCGGAAGUGAAUUUUACUGGUUUCAGGUCGUGAUUCGGGGCUACUUGUUUCCGUAUUCGGAGCCGAGCAGAGACAUGGUUGUCACGUCGAGAUUUGAUAGACGACGUGAAGUCAGCUUGUGAUCUGAGUCUUCUGUAUCAAUCGUCCUGAUUCCAAAUGGGGAGAACUUUGGUCAACAAGGAGACAAUGGACACGCCUCGACACCCGAGUCCUCAUUCUCCCGUACCUGGACCUGCUAUCUAUCUCGAUGCCAGAGACAAGGACUUGCCUUACGAUGGAAACUUGAAACGUCCUCGGGGAGCUGAAUCAUCAUAUUUUGAUCAACCUUUGGGCCUCAGAGAAGAAGGGGCAUUGCUUUUGGCGGUUUUGACAGGAGUGCAGGGUAGUCCCUUGCAGAAGCUGGCUCCAGGGAUGCCAGGUUUUAGCUUGCUGUAUGGUGUGGGGAAUCAUGAUGGUCCUGCUGAAUCACCUCGCCAUAUGAAGGGUGGUACAACAAAUAAGGGCCUCAAGCUGGAGCUGCGCAUGGAUGCACAAGCCGGCUUGAACGCCAACAUUGCAGUAAAGAAACUUCAAAAAUAUAACAAAAAUGUAGAGCCGGUGGAUGAAUGUGUUGACACUACCGAUCUUGACGAACUAACUGCUGACAAAAACGAUGGUGCAAGUGGAAACUGGUUAUUUGAAUCAGCAGAGGAGGAAGAGCAGUAUAAAUACAAUCAGGACCUUGAAGCAAAAGCAGGGGCGGGAAGAGAAAUAAGUCUCAAAGACUACAUUGCACUUGUUAAAAAAUCUGCAGGCAGACUUGGAGUGAGGACCCAAAUGCUCCACGAUCUUUCUCUAGGGGAAGAUGUUGAUCUGGGCGUUACAGAUUUGCCAGCUGCUCCUCCUCCUCCUCCUCCUCCAAAACCUGGUGCAAGCCCUGAUGAGAAGACGAAGGCUGCAAAGGAGCUCGUUGGUGCCAUGUGUGCAACCAGUCUUGUUGUGAAGAAAGCACGGCGUCUGGCUGGAUUAAUGCAUACUGAACAGCAAACCCUUGAUUUGCGUGACGUCUAUGAUUGGCUCCAGCAUCUUGGAACUAUUGCACCACCGGAAAACAGAAAAGCAGAUACAACAAAAGCAGAUGGUUCGAGCGCAGCUGGGGGUAAGGCUGAGGAACAGAAAGGUGACUGGAGGCUACCUUCUUCUCCAGCCAUGGCUCUUCUGUACGCUCAGGAGGACUUGCGUCAACGUUUGGCUCAUCUUUAUCAAGAAAAGAACACUUUGGAGAAGCGCAAGCUGCAACUAAGUGCUGCUAAAAGACUUGUGGGAAAAGUCGGCGACGCAGAGGAAGCUAAACUUGUGAAUUACAUCCACGGUUUGCAGACCUUGGAAGAAGGUUAUGAAACUCUUGGAGGAAAGAUCUCAGACAACCUCGAUGAUGCACAACAUCUGGACAAGCGGUUUCAAGCACUGACAGAAGAAGCCAAAGAUGAUGAUAAGGAAAGUCAAGGAAAGGGAAAGAAGAAGGGGAAGAAAGGGAAGAAAGGGAAGAAGGGUAAGAAAGGAAAGAAAGGAGAUGGUGGUGACAAUGAGACGAAGGGCGAUGCUAGUGGCCCCAGUGAUGUGAGUGAGUCCGAAGCAGAGGUGAAGAGUGAAAGUGAAGGAAGUGAAGGAGAGGAUAAAGGAAAGAAGAAGAAAAAAAAAGGAGCAGCUGCGGAAGGUGUAGAGAAGGCCAUUGUCACAGAGAAUAAAGGAACUUCUCCUCUACCUUCGUCUCCACGAGAUAUUCUAAAUACUGUCUCCACUAAAGACCAAUAUUCACAGACAGAUGAUGCGGCUCUUUUCUCACUCAUGGAGAAAAUGUUCAACGAUAUGGCCGAUGAGGGUCCGAUAGGACCAGAGGAUGAAGCGACGGAACUGAGACGACUACGUAGAGAAGUGAAAAAACUGAAAGUUCAAUUACGAUUCUGGCGAUCUCGCAACUGGGUCGAACAACACCAACAUCUGAUGACUAGCAGCUCAACAUCACCUUCUUUCAGCCUGCCUGUGGAUGCUCCGAGUGAAGCUGGGUUUGCAUUUUACUUCGAAAAUGCGAGACAUUCAAUCCUGGAUGGAAGGGCUGGUCAUGGAAGUGCACCAACCAAUCUGACCACCAGUCAUGGCAGUCCGCAAGGGAAGUUCUCAGGUGGCCCUUCAAGUGCUCCAAGCACUUUGACAACCGCUGCCCGUCCAAUGGCUCCAACUCCAUACCCAUCACAAGUGGAACAUGUACGUCCAGCUCAGGCUCCCCAUUUGCCAGCUGGGUUGCGAUUAAGUCAAGUGGAAACUGCGCGACCGAGUAACCCACUGAAUCUGAGAUUGAUGGCCAAUGCUCCUCCUCGAGGAUCUCGAGCAUCACGGGGCUGGAGCGUGAGACCACAAGAUCCUCCGCCUGUGUUCCCUCCAAACUCCUUGGUCAUUUUUGGUCGCUCCUCAAUGCUUCAAACUCCUCAGCCAGAGGACCAAGGUUUCUCCUUUCAACGUGCUUAACUCCUCCGUGCAGUCAUCGUCAUCUGACGAGACAGCUGAGCUUGGGCAAUUUUGUCUCCAAAAGUGUACUGCACUGCACUCCUGACGAAAGUUUGUCCUUCUACCUAUCCAUUGCGUUCUUGUUGGUCUUCACGAGGUGGUGGUUUUUCCUAGUAUUUCACAGUCAGCAACCUGUCACCGUCAAGAUAUUUCAUCUUCUACCUCAUCGAUCGACAUUCGGCCAACAUCGUGAGCUAAUUCUCAGGUCUCUUGGAGCUGUCAGAAGUCUUUCGGUCUUCAGAAUGAUAUUCAGGUCUCAAGGUUUCAAGGUUUCAAGGUUAUUCACUUUUGAUACGACUUUCAUAAAGCCCAAAAGUCUGCCCAGCGCUCCACUGGACUUUCACUUGUAACAGUUGCUGAACUGUUCCAUCUGAAAGCUCUGUGCUCUGUGCUCUGUUUCAACUCCGAUCGAAUCUAAUCUGCUCAACAACUGCAAACGUAAGUGUGAUCUACAUACAGGAAGACUGCUCGCCCCUCUUUCGUCUCGGGAUGGGUUCGACUCCAAAGAAAUCUACGUCGUAUAGCUAAGUGGCUUAGCAGGUCGAAAGAUUUCACCCAACUGGUCGUCCCCAAUGAUAAUUGUAGUUUGAAGAAGUCUUUUGCUCCACAAGGACUCUACCCUGCACGUGAUUUAAAGGUUGAAAUGGUUACACUCUUUUCUCAUCCGCAAAGGAGCUCGCACCAACAUCUGCACUUUCCAGGGGACCUCUGUCGUGUCAUCAGAACUGUUCCUAAUGUCUGACUUGUGACAAUCUGUCGGUUUCGUCGAGGCGUAAAAAAUAAUCUAGUUUCUAUGCUUCCAUACCGCGAGGACAUGUGCUGCAAAUGAAAAGUGCUCUCCAGAAUUCUGCCAUUCUGCUAUUAUGAUUCAGAUCUCGUCCUGGUAACUCUAACUGACUGAACCAGGUAGUAACUUGGCACUGCUACGUUGCUACUUGAGGGGUUUACAGGAUGCCAGAUUUCCUCAAACAGAUUCUCCCGACUGUGGUCAGGGUCGAAACGAAGUUUCAAGUUUCUACCUGACUAAGUUCCUGAUCUAAAUACGCAGUUACUCUCCUUCAAUGAGCCGGGCAUGAGAUGAGCCCGAUUUUAGCUCAUUCUUCGAUUGGUCCUCUGAAGUUUUAGUCCUUACACAUGCAGUUCCCGACAUGACCUUAUCUCCAACGUCGAGAGGUUGGUUGUACUGCUGAUCUCAGUUGUAGACAAGGCUCACUUAUAUGGCCCGCUACGAGUUUCUGAACCAACUUCUGUACGCAAUUUUAAGUCGGAUUAAAAAGUGCAUUUCGUAGAUAUCAACAUCCAG